AGCCGCCCGGCGGGGCAGGAGGCGCUGGUGGGGCCGGGCCCGCCAUGGACCGGAGGAAGAAGCCGCUGGACGUGGCCGCGUCCUCGCUGGUAGAUCUCAAAGCCGAACUCUUCCGAAAGCAAGAGGAGUUCAAGAAAGAAAAGCUGCUGAAAGAUGCUGGCGUCUUUGCAAAGCCCAGAACCUUUAAUAAGAAACCAAAUAUCUGGGCCAAACAGAACACCGGAGUUGUAAAUCGAGCUGCAAAAGAUGUUGAGCAGAAGGCAGAAGAGCAGGAUAUAUUGGAUAAAUCAAGGAAGAAGCUUGAAGAGAAAGCAAAGCUGUAUGAGAAAAUGGUAAAAGGAGACUUCCCAGAUGAAGAAACUGAGGAUUUGUACCUGGUGGAUUUCACUCAGAAGAUCAUAGACAAACAGCACGAAGUACAGGAGCUGCAUCAGAGCGAAGCUGCUGGGAAGACUUCAGAAAGAGACACAGAUGAGGAGGAAACUCAGCUUGAAGCAGACAUUCCACCACCAGAGGACCCGGAUGAGGAAUGGGUUGAUUAUGUUGAUUUCUUGGGCCGAUCUAGACGCUGUAUGAAGAAGGAUUUACCAAGUCUACUUAAAAUGGAUCAGGAACUUCAAGGGAAAAGACAAGAACCUGAUGGGAAUACUCUGUUAUCUGAAGACAUGAGAAGAGAGCUUCAGAGGCAGCAGUGGGAAAAGGAAGAAGAAGAAGCCCUCAGAAAACCCAUGGGACCCAUACAUUAUGAGGAUAUUCGAGAAAAUGAGGCCAGGCAGCUCGGUGUUGGUUAUUUUGCCUUUUCUCGAGACCAGGAACUCAGGCAUAAACAACGGGCAACCCUGGAUAUGCUGAGGGAGCAGACGCUUGAUCAGAGAAAUAAACGUGAACAGCUGAAGGAGAAGAGGAAGGCAGCUCUAGAUGCAAGGCUGUCCAAACUUCGAGCACGGAAGAUUAAAAAGUUAAGGGAAGCUGGAUUAGAGGAAGAGGCAGAAAAACUGGAGAAUGGAGAGGUGAAAGGUGCUGCUGAGGAACCAGAACCUCCUAAGGUUACUGCAGCAAGUAGGAAAGUAGAGGUUAUCAUCCAGGAGAGGAGAGAUACAAAGCCUGGAGUGCCUUAUGUCCGAGAGUGGGAUAAAGGCAAAGAACUGAUGUUUGGACAAUGGGAAAAGAAACAGGAAGAACUAAGAGAUGAGCGAGACCCAGAAUUUGCACCACCAUCUAAUUACUUUUUGGGACAAAAGAAAGAUGAUUAUUACCGAAGUCAGAAUUUGAACAGUUCUGAAACAACCUCUGAAAAACUGGAAACGGAGGGAGCACAAAACAGACAGAGGCCAUCGGUGCAGGGCAGCAGCAGCGCUGGCGACGUGCCACUGUCAGCACAGGCUUCCAACAGCAACAUUCCAGAUAAGCCAGGGUCAGCAGAGCCCGGUGACCAUGACACUCAGGGCGUGUCAUCAGCAGAGGAUGACAGCAGCGACGAUGAGGACGUGCUACCACCAGCACAGGCUUAUGGCUACGGUGCCCGAGCUGUGCCACCACCACUGCGGGGUUAUGGCUACAGCACCCGGGGCGUGCCACCGCCCAUGCCAGCCUACGGCUACGGCGCUCCUGAGGUGCCCUUCCCAGUGCAGGCUUACGGCUAUGGAGCACCAGGAAUGGUGCCACCAAUGCACGGGUAUGGCUACGGCACUCCUGAGAUACCCUUUGCGAUGCAGGCAUAUGGCUACAGCAGCCAGGAUGUGCCGCUGGGAAUGCAAACCUGUGGAUGCAGCACCCAGGGUGUGCCACCAGGAAUGCAGACCUGUGGAUGCAGCACCCAGGGUAUGCCACCAGGAAUGCAGACCUGUGGAUGCAGUACCCAGGGUAUGCCACCAGGAAUGCAGACCUGCGGCUUCAGUGCCCAGGAUAUGCCACCAGGAACACAGGUCUGUGACCUCAGCAGCCAAGAUGUGCCACCAGGAACAGACACCUGCGGUAGCAGCACCCAAGAGAUGCCACCAGGAACAGACACCUGUGUCAGCAGCACCCAGGAUGUGCCACCAGGAACAGACACCUGUGUCAGCAGCACCCAGGAUGUGCCACCAGGAACGCAGGCCAGUGGCUGCAGCACUCAGGAUGUGGCACCCCCAGUGCAGACCGACAGCAGUGAUAUGCCAAAUCAGGAACCACUUUACCAAAGUUUAGAUGAUAUGCUCUCUUAUUAUAGACAAGUGACUUGAGCUGAGCAAAAAGAUAAACAAGAACCAUGAUCUAAAGUACUGAAAUAUAAUUAGUGCUCAGCAGAAUUAAUAUUUUCCCACAUAUGGGAAAAAUAAGUUUCUGUAAGUACAUCAGAAUAAAUCUCCUGGACACUUAAGCUGUUUUACAUCACAGCUAUAUUUUGCCCUGUUGUUUUUUGCUGGUUUUUUUUGUUCUUACCUCUUUACUAAAAUUUAACUCUGAUAUUUACACCUGAACUUAAGGGUAUAUUAAUAACUUUCUUUCAAGAGAUAAACUCCUUUAGUUCGUUGCUCCCAGGUGGCUUCUGGUUUAGAGGUAUUACAAGUUCAGUCACAUGCAUAGAAACUGUAUGGAAAUGGUAAGUCCUCUGCUGUCAAAUACAGAAUGAUUCUAUUCCUUACUUAAUCACCUGUCUUUUCUAAGUGCAGAAUAUUAUCUAGUGAACAGUGGUGGUUCACAUGGCCUCUGCAUUCCUGAGGUCCAUAUAUAACUCAUAAUUCUGUGCAGCAUUUUAGGGUGGAGACAUUGCAGAAAUCGAUAAAUAAUGAUGGGUAGGCUAAAAAUAAACACAUCACUGAAGCAGAAGCCUUGACACCUCACAUUACUGUCUUACUAGUUUAGAAAAUCCUCUCAUAAUUCUCCAAGUUUUCCAUGUUUUUCUUGCAUAAGGAAUUACAUAUAUGGCUUUGUUUCACACAUUUUUUUUUCCCCAAAAAACUGUGAUACUGGAGUCAUUAAA